CGAAACUUCCCGUAAGACGUUCUCUUCCGUCGAGAAAAAUGACGGGAUUGCUCUCGUCGAGUCAAAAAUAGUAUUCUUCCGCGAGCGUGGCCGUUGUCGACGAGCACACUGGGCAAUUUGUGUUCCUCUCCUUAUUACGGUUGCUCGUUGAAACGAAUUCGCAGGGAUUCGUUAUAUCAAAUCCCGUCGUUGAAAAAGUUCGGCAAUGCUCGGUUCCCCUCUCCCCAAGGAUCCUAAUUACCGUUAUACUUUUACGGGCCGCAUCGAGGAUUUCUUUCUUGCUUGUUGCAGAGAUUUCGAAGCUGGCAUGAGGUGCAUCCAGACGUACACGUUCGACUGCAUGCAAGAGAAACAAAGGGAGCACUUCAACUCGUUGUACGCCGGCACCAACAAAGUGGUCAUGGAGCUGUGUCAAGACGGCCCUUAUCAGGACGAAUUUCUACGACACGCGCCGUGCAUGCAGAAGGUGCAGCCAGAGUACGAGCUCUGCUACAAAAAGUAUCAGAAAACCACCCAGGAAAUCGAAAUGAGAAAUCACACGGCGAACUUGAACGGAUCCCUCAAGCUGCUCUGCUGUGGGUUCAAGGAAUUCUUGGAGUGCUCUCACCAUACGAUUCGCCGACAGUGUGGCGAUGACACAGCUCAAUUUGCAAAGGAGUUCCUUGACAGAAUGUCGAGCUCGCUUCUCAGGGUGCACUGCGCCCCAUACACGGAGGAGGUGUGCUCGAUCGGAAGCGGCGCCAGCGUGUACAGGGUGCAGGCGUUGGCGUUGGUGGUGUUGGCGGUGCUCGCGAGGUACUUCACGUAAGCGAUUAGGCGGCACUCGUAGCCGGAAAAAGGGGACGAUUUUCGUGCAUCACGAGCGUCGUGCUGAAACCGGGGCCCUCCGUUCAUUCUCCGCUUCAGAUUCGCCAGAAUAUUUUUUUAUUUCCCGAACGAGCAACCAAGGAGAGAUGAGAAGAAAGAGAGAGAGAAAAAGAGGCACGCGCACGCGAGCUCCAAGAAGCGUGAGGCUAGAGAGGAAAUGCGAACGAGAGUGCGAAGAAGAAAAAGAGAAAAGAAAACAAAAUAAAAGAAAGAAACGAAGAGAAGAGAGGGACUAAGGCAAGGAGAAGUUAAGAAAAAACUGUGGACACGAGACUGUGGAGGAGAGUUCUCUUGCACACGUUCUCCGCACACGAACUUCCUUGUCGCGUUUCUCUUUGACACCGACUACUACGGUCCAUGGGAAACAGAGAGAAAGAGAGAGAGAGAGAGAGAGAGAGAGAGGGGCGGACGUGCCUUCGGACAGUGUGACGAGCUUAAUCAAGCAAUCAGAAGGCACGUGCGACGGGACGAACGUGAUCUGUCGAACUGUCACUGCUGGUCUAUUAUCGGCUGGUGGUUCGAUGUUCGAGGAUCGAUUAAACGCACGAGCUGAACCGACGGGGAGAGAGGAGGAAGAAUAUGAAUGAAAGAAGAUUGGGACGUGUCGUGUGGGUGGUGGUUACCUUUCGGUUACGUUUCAGCUUUUAUUUCGUCAAGUAGCCGCUGUAUAUUCGAGCAUUUGUCUGUAGCGAACGUGUAUCAGCUACAGAGGGAACGGUCUCGCGUGUCGCGUGAAAUGAGCAGAAAUCACGUGAUUUCCUCGUG